UGUAUCGACUCAUAUAUUCCUUCUCUUCUUGCAUAGAUUCUAAUCUUAAUAUCUUUAGUUCCCUAAUCAUAUAGUCUAUUUGCCUCUCUCUCUCUCUCUCUCUCCAUCCUGAUUACAGUCUAGUUUAUUCCCCAUCUUCCUUGAGCUGGCUCCCACUAAUCAUUUCCAUAAUUGCCAAAGCCUACCACCUUGUUUUUGGGCUGUCUGCAAAAACUCUCUUCUGUUGUGUGUGUAUCUCUUAUUUACAGCUUUUCUGCACAACAACAAACAUCAAACUUCAAGACCCAGCUUACGAUAUGAGGUAUCUAUCUGUUAAAAUUUUUCUCUUUGGUAUCAGCGAUCUUUGAAAAGAAAAAAAAAAGCAUAAACAAACAACAAAUUGUUGGUUUGUUUUGUAAUUCAAAAAGGUUUAAGGUAAAUAAAAACAAAUCCAAGUUCAUGGCAGGAUGGUCUACUUUGACAAAUGGGUCUGCCUUAGAUUGUCGUGAAAUUGCUAAUGCUUAUCAAAGUAAUGGUCUUUACCUGUCUAACGAUAAUAAUUCCGUAAAAGACGGUGUCUUUGUUGGUGAGGUCGAUGAAUUUCAUGAUGAUUAUGAGGAUAAACUACGGACCCUUUUCGAUCAGGUUCUUUUGGUUUUUCUAAAAGAUAUUAGUAGUAAGGGUGUGUUUAGAUCUUUUCCUGCAAUGCUUGGUGAUGGGCGGUCCCUGGAUUUGUUUAAAUUGUUUUGGGGUGUGAGGAAGAGAGGAGGGUUUGAUAGGGUGUCUCAGAAAGGCUUGUGGGCCUAUGUGGCCGAGGAGUUGGGUUUGGAUCGUAGAGCUACGCCUUCAGUGAAAUUGAUAUGUUCUAAGUAUGUGAAUGAAUUGGAGAAAUGGUUCAAGCAGAGUUGUAAAGAUAGGAAAUUGGGAAAUGGGCAAUUUAGAUGUGAUGGGGAUUGCAAUUUGUUGUCGUUGGAGGUGGAGACUGAGUUUCGAGGAUUGUUAGCCUAUACCUCUGGCAAAAAGAAAAAGAUAAAAAGUGCUGGACUUGUCAAAUUGGUAUCUGAGAAAAGUCGGAAGUACAUUGAUAUGGAUGUUGGGAAGGGUAGGUUUGAUUUGUCUGACAGAAAAAAUGCAUGUAGAAUGCAGGAUGGUGUUGGUAAAAGCUGUUGUGAUGACGACGAAAUAAUUCAUGAUGAUGACGAAAAUGUUUUUUGUUAUGAUGUUAAUGAUCAUGUGAUACUGGACUCUUGUUUAUCUAAGAAAGAAUUUAAUUCUCGUAAAAGAAAGCGAGAGUCUUUAGAAGAAAUGCUGAAGUGGUUGAGCCAGAUUGCAAAGCGUCCGGACGAUCCUUCAAUUGGGGUAAUUCCAGAGCCAUCUAAGUGGAAGGAGCGUGGAGGCGAGGAAUUCUGGGGCCAGGUAAUUAUGGCAAGGGAGGCACUGUUGCUAAGAAGGCAUGUCAAUCCUAAAACUGAAGAAUCUCUCUUAGAGAAGAAGUUCAAGAUGCAUCCCUCUAUGUACGAGGAUAGUACCGCUCCUAGUCACCAGUCUACAGAGAGGUUAAGAUGCAGUGAAAGGCUUCCUACUUUGGCAAAAUGUCGUUCAUGCUCUUGUUGCGAUUCAGGUUCAGCCACUCAAAGUAAAUUGAGCACUCACAAAAUAGAGUUGGAUAAUGACCCCAAGGAACAAGAACCUGAUACUGUUGGUCUACCAGCUACAAGUACAAUGGAUGGCUCACCUGAGGAUCAUCCUCAUGAAAAGCAAGUUUCUCAGGGUCCUGACCAUCAAGCUGAGGUCCCUGAAUGGACUGGUGUGGUUUCAGAAAGUGACUCCAAGUGGCUAGGGACAUGUGUAUGGCCUUUGGAACAUGAAGAGCACAAUUCCCCAAUUGAAAGAGAUCCUAUUGGGAGGGGAAGACCGGAUUUAUGUGGCUGUCGACUUCCAGGUUCUGUUCAAUGUGUUAGAUUUCAUAUAGCUGAGAAGAGGAUGAAAUUGAAGCUCGAACUGGGAUUGGUGUUUUACCAUUGGAGAUUUGAUCGUAUGGGGGAGGAAGUUUCACUUAAGUGGACUGCUGUCGAAGAAAAGAGAUUUAAGGAUAUGGUAAUGUCAAAUCUUUGGAACCAAGCAUUCAAGUCCUUUCCAAGGAAGACAAGGGAAAAUUUGGUGAGCUAUUACUUCAAUGUACUUCUUGUCCAGCGUAGAAGAUAUCAGAACCGUGUAACCCCAAAAGAUGUUGACAGUGAUGAUGAUGAAUUAGAGUUUGGAUCUUUAAGUGGCGGUUUUGGGCUUGAAGCAAUCAAGGUUCCAGGCUCCAAUUUUCUGGAGUGUUCUCAGAAUAAGCAGUGCACUGAUUUUGAAUAGUCAAAAAUGUGGAGUUGGAUUUCAUCACCGUGAUCAGGGGUUUGUUUUGGGCCUUACAAAUGAACUACAUGAAUUUGCCUCUGGUCAAAAAUUUGUAAAACCUCAUAUUCACAGACACAGCUAUACUCUCCCUUGAAAUUUUGAUGACAUAGGAUUAUCACAUUCGAGUAUGAUGCAAUUUUGAUGAUAUGUGCCCGUUGUGGUGGAAGGCUGGAAGCAGGUUUGCUGCAGUAUCAGUUUAAAAAGCUUUACUACUGAUCUGGAUGCUGCAUUGUGAAUACUUUUGUGUAAUACCAGGUAAUAUUGCUCGGAGCAUACCCAUUUCAUUAGAUAGGGAUGAGAGACAGUGGUUCAAGGUGAGGUUGUAGUUUGUUUCUUUACUAAAAUGUGCAUAUAGUGCUCGAUAUUGUGAUACCUUUACAUCAUGUUUCAAAGUUGUGGUGAUGGUUCUUAUUUU